AUGUCCGCUUUCGCGCCCGAAGAUCCAGACCUCGACUACUCGUACGCCGAGGCCGACCCCGCGCAAACUUCCACCCCUCCGAUCUCUCAAGGUCAAUCCAUGAGCACCGACGCAGAUGCCUCGCAUGGCCGGGCCCACUCGAAUAACCCCCUUCUGGGGUCCGAUAAUCCCCUCGUCUCUGAUCUGGAGCAGGAAGUGCUCGAAGAAUAUGCUCGAUUGCUGCGAAAUGUGAACCAGCUUUCCGAUAAACUCGCCGACCUCGCUGGCUCCCCCGCUUCCAUGCCGCUUGAUGGCCUCCGUCUCCUCGAGCGCAAGACUGCGACCGUGUGCACCUUGCUCAAAGCCAGUGUUUAUAGCAUUGUGCUGCAACAGCAGAUCUGGAAUGAGAAUGAAGAGCAGCAGCAACAACAGCAGAGCGAGGAUCAGCAUUACCAGGAUCAGGGAUAUCAGCAUGGCGGAGGUUACGAUGAGGGGGAUAUGACAUUCCAAUAA